UUCAUCUCCCAAGGUCUCUCAACCUGUUUUGACUUCUACUUAGAGAGAGAGAAAUUGCUCUCAAAUCAGCUCCAACUUGCCUCCUCACAUUACCCUGUUCCUCUUUCUCUCCUCCUCUAAACCCCCUUCUCAAAACCCAAAAAGAAAAAAGGAGAAAAAAACUAUGGUUGCAGCCCAAUCUCAGGGCCACACCCAUGGCAUCAAGGUCUCCACAGUUCUUCCUGCAGCAGUCACAGCAGAUGGCACAGUCCAUGAGCUAAGCAACAUGGACCUGGCCAUGAAGCUUCAUUAUCUAAGAGCUGUGUAUUACUACAACAAACAAGCAGCGGAAAGCCUAAGCAUUUAUAAGGUCAAAGAAAGCAUGUUUGUUUUGCUUCAAAGGCAUGUCGCAGUUGCAGGUAGAGUGAGAAAAUCAGAGAGUGGAAGGCCUCACAUAAAGUGCAAUGACAGUGGAGUGAGAAUAUUGGAAGCUCAGUGUAAUAAGACCAUUGAAGAGUGGCUCGAGCUUAAGGAGCUUAUUCAUGGUGAGGAACUUAUUAGUAACCAGGUUCUUGGCCCUGACCUUCGAUUUUCACCACUCCUAUAUUUGCAGUUCACCAAGUUCAAAUGUGGUGGGAUGUCGAUUGCAAUGAACUGGUCACACAUAUUAGGUGACGCAUUCACAGCAUCCAACUUCAUCAAAGCAUGGGGAAAUCUCAUUGCAGAUAACCCCGCCGAACCUCCACUACCCACUGUCACCCUAACCCCUCCCCUAAAACCGGAAGUUCAAGAGAAGAAGCCCAUGAAACCACUGUCUGUCUCUAAACCCGUCGAACCAGCUGGAGACUAUUGGACAGUCACCAACACCACUCCAAUGGAGACCACAUCUUUCCACAUAUCAGGUUCUCAUGUAAACCAACUGCUAUCUAAUAUCUCCAGCCCCAACUGCAAAACUAGCUCGUUCGAAGCAGUUUCGGCUUUCAUUUGGCAAACUCUUGCUAAGAUCAGAGGCCCCAAUGAACCCAAUGUCCUAACUCUCAUCAAGAAGCCUAAGGGAAUUCUCAGCAACCAACAAGCUAUAAGCACGGUGAGUGUUGGUUUCUCAGUCUCAGAAGCUAGACUCGAAGAAUUGGCAGUGGAAAUAUUGAAAGGAGCCAAGGAUGAAACCAAGGAAAUAUGUGAAUAUAUAGAGGCUGACAUUGUGAACAAUGAUGCCAUAGUGUAUGGUGGGAACUUGACAUUCGUAGACUUGGAAGGACUGGAGUGUUAUGAGCUGAAGUUAGCAAAAGAACGGCCUGUUUAUGCGAGUUACAGUGUGGAACAGGUUGGGGAUGCUGGUGUGGUUUUUGUGCUCCCUGGUGCAGGGAGCAAUGGAGAGAGAGUAGUGACAGUGACUCUGCCCAAAGAGGAAGUUUCAGAGCUCAAAUCUCACCUCAACAAAGCUUGGAAUACUCCAUGAAAGUUGAGAUAUGUUUUUUUUGCUGGUUAAUGUAUGCCAGACCUGAAGCUUCAUGAAGAUAAGUAGUAUGAGAAAGAACAUUUGGUAUCUGUCGACAAUAGCUGAUAUGAUGUAUAUGUUUGGUUUGUGUGUGUACCGAGAACCAGGACCUAACGAGCCGGGAAAUGGAACAGAGGGCAAAACCAGUGGUGUAGGAUACUAGUUUUCUACUCGGGUCUUGAACGUUUGAGGUCGCUGUUGUUCUUGCACAGGUUUGCUUGGGAAAUUAAUUGAGGAUGAAUGUGGAAGUAAAAUCCUGUUCACAUUAGAUAACUUCGAUUGUUGUAGCAAA